CCGGCCCGGGGGACCUCUCCCCUCUGGCCUGGGCUGCUCUGCCUCCCGCUUUAACUCUUUUCAGGUGGUUUCCACUCAGAAAACGGGCUUCCCGAGUGCUCUUGGCUCGGAGACGGGGCGUUUUCCCUAAUUACACCAUAAAUAGAGCUAGUUAAAAAUUCAAAUUAAGGGGCUUUUUAAUUAAAAGGGCUCUCCCAGGGCAUUGAAAGCCGCACAAAGGCUGAGGAGUGAGGAGCUGGAGGUUAAACUGACUCCUUUCGCCACCUCGCUUGGCAGAGACACAAAAAAACAAGCGACUAUCCAUGCUGAGGGGGUAAAAUGGAUGUUAAAACCUGGAAUGAAUCGAUGUUAUUAGUCUAGUUGCAGUCGUUUUCUCGAACUCUGUCCUGAUAUCGCCACUUAAUUAUUCGCUGCGAGCAGCACAUCUCCUCCUUGGCUUAAAACUCGCCGUAAAGUUGGCCGCCUCUCCGCAAUAUCGUCGAUACUUGCUGUAUCAAAAAAUUCAUCUUUUUGGAGGCCGGAUUCUGAUGAAAACCCCCAGCAGCCGCCCGUAAAUCCUGCCGUAACCUGUCACGCGCUAUUGUACCUGAACUCCGGGAAAUACUCGGGCGCCGCAUACCAGGGUGUUGCUGCUCCCGAGGCGUGUUUGCUCGGCGCGUUAAUCGAGUAUCAGGUCAUUUAUUAUCGUUAACGUACCCGAGGCGUGUAUUAACCGCGCGCCCUGCUGAAUUAUCUCCCGGGGUGACACCUCUCCGUGCCUCAGGUGUAACAAUAUACAAGGAGGUGUGGGGCUGUAGGUUCUCUAGCCUGGUUUACGGUUGUUGUUACAACACCCGCACCAGUUCAUUGUUGCUUUACUGGAGGAGUUUGUGUGUGUGGAGCUAGGCCAGAUGGUGUAUUGUGCCUUCGGAAUGAGCCUAAGACUCUUUUCAGCUGCCAGAUUCUGCCAAUCUCCCAAGGUCGGGGCUUGAACCCUGCCAGAUAAAGUCAAAACCGCCCCCCUUCUUUUUCCCAGCCAUGCAAACUGCGGGAUGAAGCUGGAAGCUGUGGUCGAGCAGCUGCAGAAGCAGCAGCAGAAGCAACAAACGCCUCUGCAGAUGGAUUCCAGGGAGAGACAGCAGAGGCAGAUGAGAGAAGCCCAGCUGCUCUACACUCAGCAGCUGGCCGUGCAGCAGGCUGUCCUAGCAGCCACAUCUGGCAGGGCUUCGGGCGGCUCCGCUGUUGGUCCCUUGGCCAGAGGCCCACCUGCGGCCGGAGCUACACGGGCUUUCGAUCAGAGCAGCAUGAAUUCAGAGCCAGAAGAGGAGGAGGAAGAGGAGGAGGAAGAAGAGGAGGAGGAGGAAGAGGAAGAAGGGGGUUUGGAAGGUGGCGAUCUUGAGGAUGGCGCUGAUGUGACUGGAAAAGAAACAUGCUCUGCUCUGAAAUAUUUUCAUGCUCCCAAAGUUGCCCAUCACAACCAAAGAGUGGCCUCUACCUCUAAUCCUCUUCCAGCUCCAGGGCACCAGCGGGGACAGCAGGGCAAAGAAGAACAGGGUAAAGACACUACUAAACAACCGUAUUCCGGUUCCCCGUCUGGACGCCAGAACUGGCGGUUGGACGAGCAGCUCAAGCAGAACGGCAACGUGACCUGGAGUGAUGAAGGCGAUGGAUGCCGAGGAAGAGAAAUUUCCCGAGACUUUGCCAAGCUCUAUGAACUGGAUAGCGACCCUGAACGGAAAGAGUUCCUGGAUGACCUCUUCAUCUUUAUGCAGAAGAGGGGAACUCCCAUCAAUCGGAUCCCCAUCAUGGCAAAGCAGAUCCUGGAUCUCUACAUGCUCUACAAGCUGGUGACUGAAAAAGGAGGGCUGGUGGAAAUCAUCAACAAGAAGAUCUGGCGAGAGAUCACCAAAGGCCUUAACCUGCCCACCUCCAUCACCAGUGCCGCGUUCACGCUUCGAACCCAGUAUAUGAAGUACCUAUACGCCUACGAAUGCGAGAAGAAAUCCCUCAGCUCUCCUGCCGAGCUUCAGGCCGCGAUCGAUGGCAACAGGCGGGAAGGCAGGCGGCCCAGCUACAGCUCCUCUUUGUUCAGCUACUCGCCCACCACCACGGGGCCUCCUUCCCUCCUGUCUCCCCCAAAGAUCCGCUUCCCCAUCAUCGGCGUCGCGCCAGGCAGUGGGACCAGCAAUCCUCGGGUGUCUCCAGCAGCGGCUGUCAGAAAAGGUGACGGCGUGCCCUUGACUGUGUCUAUGCCAAAUCGUAUUGCCGUGCCAGUGACCUUGGCCAGCCAGCAAGCAAGUGUGGCAGCGAGAACGGCCACCCUAGAGCAGCUGAGGGAGAGACUGGAGUCGGGAGAGCCUCCGGAGAAGAAGGUCUCGCGGAUGACGGAGGAGGAGCAGCGGCUUGUCCAGCAGGCUCUACAACGCAACCUGUUCAGCAUGGCGCGGCAGAUCCCCAUGAAGAUCAAAAUCAAUGGCAAGGAAGAUAAACCGGACUCGGCGGCAGCGGCGGCACUGAAUUUGUCACCUAACGGCAUCGGGAGUAUUAACAUGUCGGUGGAGAUUAACGGCACGAUUUAUGCUGGAGUGCUUUUUGCCCAGAAGCCAGUCGUCCAUCUCAUCGCAGGCUCCGGCACCCAAAGUUCCUGCAGCAGCAGCAGCAGCUCCCACUGCUCUCCCAGCCCUACCUCAUCCCGGGGGACCCCCAGCGCAGAGCCCUCCACCAGCUGGUCUCUCUGACGGCCGGCCGAGCCUGCUGUCUCUCACACUGGCCCCCGGCAGCUCUUCUUCCUCCCCGCGUUCGGUGGGGAGCGAGCCGGGACGGAGUCGCACAGAUUACCUCAUCUCAAGGAACCUGCUUUUGUGGUUGGCCAACGACAAGAUGAUGAUGAUGAUGCUGAAUCCUUUCCAUGCCAGCGAGUUUUUCUUCAUCGUCUGUUUGUCCAGCCUUUUUCUUUGUUCUCCCCUUUCUUCCUCCCUUCUGCUUUUUGUUUUCGUCCUCCUCCUCCUCCUCCCAGGGUUUGCUGUGUUCCUGUUGGGGGAUGGGACGUGGAGGGGGGACACGCCUGGCGUUUUUCAAUCAGGGAUCGUCUCUAGGAGCUGCGGGUUGAGAGAUGGCUGAGACGUCACCAAGGCAGGUGGAAAGAGCUGGAGUUGGGGCAGGGCAACUCGGUUCUCCUCGAACCGGUAGCCACAAGGACUCUUCCCACAAAACAACUCCGUGUAUUGACAAUCCUAAGAGCCGGCGGGGUGCCUUGCCCCUGUCCUCCCUUGGCUUCCUCGCUUUUCUUCUUCGGGCUCUGUCGUGGUCUGGUGUUCGUAUGUCCUCCCCUAGAACUUGGCUUGUGAGCCUCCUUCCCUCUCUCCGAGGCCUUGGCAAGAGGGGAAGGACUUUCUCACCGCUACGUUUGACCCAUAGAUGCAUUCAAAACCUCUCAAUCAGCUGCUUCGUUCUCCUGCCUGGUGCUGGGCCUCUUCCCUACCGUUGCCUUCAGGCUUUCAGCCAAGUUUUAAAUGCCCUCGACCUUGUGUCUCUCUCUCCCCUCGAGGAACUCAUCCCACUGACAUUUACCCUGACAGCUUGAACUUAAUUUUGGCUUGGUGUUUUGAUCCUCGGCCCCCUCGACACAAAAGGGCUGUCAUUGAGGUUGAUCCAGGCUUCCUGGAGCGACUUCCUUCUCGUCAGGUGUCUUUCAGUAGCCCCUGGAAGCUCUCCACAUCCGUACGCUGAGAAAAUAGAAGGUGAUAUUUGAAAUCUUAAUUCCGUGGGGCUGUGGAUGGGGUGUAGGCAUUGUGGGAAACAUUGGGAAGUCUUUUUCCUCAGUCUCCAAACAAGCCUACGGAUGCCCGGUCCCCUUCAAAUUGCACGUGAGCAAGAAGAAAGCGGCGCGUUUUCGGUUGAGAGAGACCUUUUUGCUGUCCUGGGUGGAAGCAGAGAGAAGGAAAUCGAGCCCUUCCUUGCCCUUUCCUCGCAAAGCUCCGGUUUAAAGCAAGCGAAGGUUGGCCAUGGCUCUCCCGCAGAGCCGACCGAGCUGGCUUAGUGGCUACCUCAGCUCCGGCUCGGGUGGCCUCGCUCUGUCCUCUCGUCCUGCUGGCCUUUCCCACGCGUGCUUUCCCCAGCACCAUCCAUCCUGCCCUGGUGACGUCCUUCCCAUCCUCCGGGCCCAAGUCAGGUUUUUUUGAGCAGAUGAAAUACCUCAGAUAUGUUCUUGUUGUUGGGAUUGGGGGGGUUUUUGUUUGUUUUGGGUUGUUUUUUUUUUUUUUUAACCUCUUCAGGAAGUAUUGGCAUAUCUUAUCGCUUGUUUUUUAUAUGUGGUUUUGCUGACAUUGUGUUUUAUUUUUUAUUUUUAAUGGUAUCACCAAAGACAGAAAAGCCGAGCAAGCAGCAGUGGCUUCCCCCCAUCCUUCAGGCUAGCAGGAGACGAGCCGAACAGCAUUGUCCCAGGACAUGUGCAUGACACAGGAGGACAGGGGGAGGUAGGAAAAGAGGGCGAGAGCCACCGCUGACUUAAAGAUCCGUCCUUCGUGUUGGACACGAGGGUGUCUCCAAAGUCCCUGUUAUUUUUCCAAGCUCCAGGAUCUGUGCUUAACAUCCCUGUGCUGCCAGAAGCCGUUUAUUUUAUACUACUGAAAAGAGCAUGGCUUUACAAAACACCGGGCUAAACACCACCCCAGCAAAAGCCCCAUCAGCAGCCGGAGGAUCGGGCUUAAAAUGUACAUCGAAAACUAAAUGUAUAAUCCUUUUAAACUCUCAAAUGUCAGGUUCUCCUUUUUAAUCCCCCAGCACCGCUCGGCUGGGCUGCUGCUUUCUCCUCCAGAGCUUGUGCAAGCCGCAGGCGGGACCUCGUUGCAAGAGGCUCUUUGCUCGCUAUACGUUAAGUUUAUACACUAUGAUUUGAGUUAUCCCGUUACCCCGGCAGCGCGAGGACUUGGUGGGAGGAAGAGAGCUGGUGGCUGUGAGUGCACGUGUCCUGAGAGAGAUGCUGCUCGGAGAGGUCGCCUGUCCGGUUGCUUUUAGCUGGAGGAAGGAUCACGGGGAAGCCGAGCUGCUCCUCGGCUGCAGGGCGUUUGCUCGGCAGAUCCCGCAGGCCUCCACGGCAUUUCAUCCUCGCAGAGGAUUUUCCAAGCUCAUUCAGAUCAUUUUUCUUUUGUUUGGGGUUUUUUUUUCUGUUGUUGUGGGUUUUUUUUUUUUCUUUUGGUUGGUUUGUUUUUUAUUUGGGGGUGGGUUUGGGGGCUGUUUCCUCCGAGUGGGACUGGGGCACUUUUUUUUGCUUUUCCUUAACGCUUUCUUCUCUGGUCCUGGGGAGCAGAGGUUAGUAAUGGGUGGUUUUGCUUACGUAUCACAUGCUAACAUUGUGUUUUCUUGCACAGAAAGGCACUCGAAUCACUGAACUGCUAAACAGCUUUGACACUACUAGAGUAUUAAUGUUUAUAAGCUUUACACAACUAGACUGGAACUAGACAGGGACUAACAGAUUGUUUUGUAUCCAAUUCAGGGAAAGAAUCAAGUUGGGAUGCGUAACAGAUACCUCAGUAAAAAAAUAAGCUGCAACAUUAAACUGGUCUUUUCUCAGUACGUGAUGACGAGGACCAGCCAUUCAGACUGUGAAGAGUAACCCUUUCCCUAAGCCCGGCUUUGAUACUGGUAGCUGGCUUAAUCUGAGCUCCAGAUCUCCUGCUGAGCUGCCAGGUUUUGGGGACAGGGUUAUGGAAACCAGCAGCAGAGACGGGACGGAGGAGCCGGGGAAGGCUGAGGAAAAGGGGUGGUGGAUCCCCCCCCCACCCUCCAAAUCUCUCCCCGGCUCCGCUUCAUUUCACUCGACCGUGUUCGAUUGUAUAGUACUCAGGGGUUUUGAUACUGCGGGUAGGACUGUUACUCGGGUGAAGUGCUCCGCUUUGCAGUGCGGCUAAUAAAAUACUCUUUCAACUCCAGACCAGCGAAGGUUUCACAGCGAGCAGCCAAGAAAAAAUAAAAUAAAAAACAAACAGCCCCCAGCUUGCUUCCAGGCAGCCUCGAUGCUCCUGUUUCAGGGGGAGAUUUUGCCAGCUGGGGGGGGGGGGGGGAAACCCCCCUCAAAACCCCAAAUACAACCUGUUUGUCCUCUCCCAGUUGAUGCUGGGAAGGCACAAAGAUGGUGAGCUGGGAAAGGGGGGAGGCUGUGCGCCUGCUCGGCUCCCAAAGUUGAGCGUGAACGUGUCACGCCAAGUCCUUUUGGCCGCUGCGUGCGUGUGUGUGUGCGCUCCAAACAGAUUCGGAUAGGAAGAUGUUUUCACCAAACAGCUGCAGCAGCCUUGCUACUAGUUUUCUUACCUAUUUAAAAAAAAAAAAUAAUAAAAAGAAAUAAAUAAAAAAAAA